CUGCCACAGAAGGUAGUUGAGGCCAGUUCAUUGGCUAUAUUUAAGAGGGAGUUAGAUGUGGCCCUUGUGGCUAAAGGGAUCAGGGGGUAUGGAGAGAAGGCAGGUACGGGAUACUGAGUUGGAUGAUCAGCCAUGAUCAUAUUGAAUGACGGUGCAGGCUCGAAGGGCCGAAUGGCCUACUCCUGCACCUAUUUUCUAUGUUUCUAUGCUGGUUAUACAACGAAAAUAGACACAACGUUGGAGUAAUUCAGUGGGACAGGCAGCAGUUUUGGAGAGAAGGAAUGGCACAGAGUCUCUUGUCCAGAGUAGGGGAAUUGAGGACCAGAGGACAUAGGUCAAGGUGAAGGGGAAAAGAUUUAAUGGGAAUCUGAGGGGUAACUUUUUCACACAAAGGGUGGUGGGUGUAUGGAACAAACUGCCAGAGGAGGUAGUUGAGGCCAGGACUAUCACUAUCCCAUCGUUCAAGAAACAGUUAGACAGAUACAUGGGCAGGACAGGUUUGAGGGAUAUGGACCAAACGCAGGCAGGUAGGACUAGUUGGGACAUGUUGGCCGGUGUGGGCGAGUUGGGCCGAAGGGCCUGUUUCCACACUGGAUCACUCUGUGACUAUGGGUAACGUUUUGGGUCAAGACCCUUUUUCACACUAGUUGGGACCAUGGUGGAAUAUGAAGUUUUGAGAAUUUUUAAAUCGAGGUUUACUUUCGAACUAAAACAAGCCACCAAGCUGUGGGGUGAGAGAUGGAAAGCUGUAGAUAAGUCUGUGAGUGAGUGAGUUUGCAGCUUACAGUGUGUGAGGUGGAGACACUCCGCCACUAGGUGAGCGCUGCCAUCCUGAGGUCCGGCAGCAACUAGCAGGGCGCAGGCGCAGAGGCCGGGGCUCUGGCUGGAGGAACGACGUCACGUAGUGUGGCUUGGCCCCGCCCGCAGCUCUGCUGAUUGGCGGAGGGCCGCUGUCUGUCAACGCUGUCGCCUCGUCCCGUCCCGCCCCGCCGAACGCGGUUGUGCGGCUGCGCGACAAAAGGAAUCCGGGAAGGGCCGGACCGGACUGGGACGAGACGAGUAAAGGCGCAGCAAGUGUGAGGCGCGGAGGCCGGGGAAGCGUACGAGUCCAAAUAAGUAAAGAUUCUGGAUUCUAAAAUGUGAAAGUCACGUUAGUUGAAUCCUUUGGAAUGGAUCGAAAUAAAAGAAAUUCAAUAGCGGGUUUGCCAUCAAGACAUGAACGACUGGAAGAUUUUGAUGGCAGCAGAGAAGGUGGUAGCAUUGGUCAAUCAACGUUUCCUUCAUCCUACAGAGCCUUAAGUAAUGCUGUCUCCAGACUUACUAGGCUUGAUGACUUCACCUGUGAAAAAAUUGGAUCUGGAUUUUUUUCUGAAGUCUACAAGGUGUGCCACAGAAUAUCGGGGCAAGUAAUGGCACUAAAGAUGAACAAAAUAAUCAGUAAUAGAGCAAACAUGCUGCGGGAAGUGCAAUUAAUGAAUCGUCUUUCUCAUCCCAAUAUUCUCAGGUUUAUGGGUGUUUGUGUACAUGAAGGCCAACUGCAUGCAUUAACUGAGUACAUCAAUAGAGGGAACCUUGAACAGUUGUUGGACAGCAGUGAUCAUCUUUCCUGGCCUGUCCGGGUCAUGAUAGCACGCGACCUUGCUUCUGGACUCAGCUAUCUGCACUCGAAGGGUGUCUUUCAUCGGGAUCUGACUUCUAAGAACUGUUUAAUUAAAAUGGAAGACGGUAAAUACACUGGAGUGCUGGGUGACUUUGGUCUGGCAGAGAAAAUUCCGGACAAUUUGAAUGCAGAAAGGCUGUCAGUGGUUGGAUCACCUUUUUGGAUGGCUCCAGAAGUGCUGCACAGUCUGCCCUAUAAUGAAAAGGCCGAUGUAUUUUCAUAUGGAAUUAUUCUGUGUGAAAUUAUAGCUCGGAUACAAGCUGACCCUGAUUAUCUCCCUCGAACAGCGAAAUUUGGAUUAGACUACGAUGCAUUUCAGAACAUGGUAGGGGAUUGCCCACCCAGCUUCCUUCAACUUGCCUUCAAUUGUUGCAAUAUGGAUCCAAAGCUUCGCCCAUCCUUUCCAGAAAUAGUAAAUAUGAUAGAACUGAUUAUAUCACAACUACAAGAUGAGGAGCAAGAUAGAUGCAUUGGCAGUGAAGAAAGUAUGGAGAGCAAGCCAAUUAAUCUACAAAAAAGUGCUGAAGAGAAAGGACAGGCAAUAAAAAGGUGCAGCCCUCUGGCAAUUCCGACUGAUAACAUACCACCUAAAUCACCUCGGCCACGUCGUAAUAUAUGGCUUUCUCGUAGUCAGUCUGACUUCUUUACCCGAAAGGUGAGCCGGAAGAUUAAUGUCCAAGAUCCGUACUACACUCCUACCAAGGGAACUGCACACAAAAUUAACCCAUUCAUUGCAAGGCAGGACUUGAAAGGUGGAAAAAUAAAAUUUGUGGACACACCAAGUAAAUCGGUAAUAUCACUAACGUUCGAUCUGCCUUCACCAGAUUCAGUUGACUAUUCAUUCACUUCAAUGUCCCAAGUCAAGCAGAACUUUUUUGGCGAUUUUCAAGAAACUCUUCUCUGUGAGCGACGGUAUCGAUCCCUUCCAGGUUCACCUGAUUUGCCAACAAAAGAAUGUCACAGUUUUGGGCCCUUUUCAUUAAGGUUGGGGAAGUGUGACCCAUUGCAUGUUGGAACUGAUGUAAGGCAGAAAGGGUCAAACAGCUCCAAAUAUUCUGCAUCGGAAAUUCCACCAUUUAAACGUAAACUUCAAACUCAGCAAUCUUUAGCAUCGGAACAGCAUGAUGCUGUGGACUGUUCAGGGAUCGAGAAUGUACCAGGUGUAAAUGACCUAUGCACGGUUAGCAGAACACAAUUAAUAACCUUAAAAACCAAUGAAAGCUUGACUCUUCAUGUUCCGGAGAGUCUCGAUUGUAAUCGUACAGCAGGAGGUGAUGAGCCAAAUUUAAAUGGUACCUCGUACAGCAACUGGAAUCGCUCAACUUCUGGUGAAGAAAUGGAGGAGCAAGAAAUGCAGAGAGACAUGUCAAAAUUAGCAAUACCGGAAUCCAAAUCAUCUUUUAGUGUCAGUAUUGCACUGGAGCGAGAUGAAAUGGACCCAGGUAACUGUGCUGUCUAUGCAGCUGAAGCAUCCGAUAGGGAAGGGCAUUCAUCUGUGGUGCUGGCUCCACGCAUGGCUUCAAAUCCAUGUCACCUCCAGUCAAAAUGUGAUAUUUGAAGGCACAUUUAUGAAUAUUGUACAGAGAUUUCAUAACAGUACUUUUUUGCUUAAUUAAAAAAAAUCCAGUUUUUAUUUUGGUAUGAAGGAUGUGAAAGUCUAGAAUUCCAAAGCAAUUUUCAAAUGUGGAUGCUGGUACUAUGGAUGUUAGUCUAUUCUGAGCAAUCACUUGAUAUUUGGUGGUUGGCCAGUAAUAUAAAUUGUUAUAAUUUAUUCAGGUAAACCUUUUCCUUGUUAUUUCAAACAUUUUAUGGAAAUAGCAUCAUAAACCAGCUGUAGGUAUCUUCUACUAAAUAUGAUCUGUGCACAAGCCAUAUAUACCCCAGCACCAUUCAGUAUUUAUGGGCUCGAAAAAUGUUUUGUACAGAUCAGAGCUGACUUUUUUUCAACCUGAAAGCAAAUAAAACAUUUUAGUUUUUUCUCUUGUGGACUUAAAUAGUCAUGCUGGCUUCCUUUUUGAAUUUGAAUUUGUGCUAAAUUGAAUUUCUUUUUUCUAAAAAUUAUACUUUUAUUUUAAGUAUUUAAAACCAUUUAAUCAUAUUUUCAUGUUGCAUCCAAGCCUGCCUUAGAUAAAAUAACUGUUGCAUUUAAGAAUAGCCUGCAAAUCCAAAGAUACCAGUGUGUGUAUAUAUAUAAAUAUACUAAACCACAUUGUGUCAAUGCGAUCUUCUGUCCACACACGGGAUAUAGUUUUUGAUUACAUUUGUUUUAUUUUAAAUGACAAAGUGGACCACAAAUGUUUCUUCUUACGAGAAAAGCACUUCAUCACUUUCUUUUCUAUAGCUUGAAAGAUGCUACUACUGUAUAUUUUGUAUUUCAACCUGGACUACUGUAACUAGAGUUGGAUGUAUUGCCGCAAGGUGCCAUGUACAUAAUUGUUUAUGAUGGGUCAAUUCACAGAAUUAGUGCAAACAUUUUUUUAAUUUGCAAAAAUAACCAAGGUGUGUUUAUCUUUUACUGUGCAAUCAAUUCCAUUGUAAUGAGAUUUUAUUUGAAUUAGUUUUCUUCCCUUGAUCUCUUCCAAAAAUGUGAACCCCUCUUGCCUAUUGCUUUGUAAAUGGCCGCUGUGCCAUGGUUCAAAAGUGAUUUGUUUCCUGCUUCCCUCAUUUUACCCCGUGCAUACGACCCUGCCCAGAUGCUUGCUACUCUACCCUGUGGAGUAUCCUUUUUAUUUAAUCAAUUAGAUUUUAAUAAUGGAUGUGAAUUACGGAACAAUUUUAUUGUUACAUUUUUGUUUAACCAAGGUCUGGAUUUAACGUAGAUUUGAAAUCUUCAUGAAGAUAAAUUAGACCAUACAGUUUGCACCUUUGAUGGUAAGGUUACCUGGGAUUAUUGUAACCCAUGGUUCAAAUUUAUUCCAGAUUUUCCGACAGCUAUGCAUUUUGUGUACAAAUCUGACAUUUUCUACCCCAAUCAGUUUUGAUAUAUUGAACAGAUGGGAAAUGUAUUGCCAAGUGUUCAGACCCAUGAAAUUAAAUUCAUUAAGCAUUGCUUCUUUUUUUUUUUUUUAAUUUGCAUUAUUUUAGUAGUUUUAUUUGUGUACAAUUAUUUUGUGACUUGACCAGUUUUCUUCUUGAAUAACAUCCGGUUUGACCAUCUGGGUUACGGUGAAGAAACAAUCCAGUGCUAAUCUGUUUACACUUAUGUUUUCUUAAAGAUCUUUAGUUUUUAAACUGAAAAUUCAUUCUUAAAAUUCACAUGUUAUUCAGACUACUUGAAGGGCAUGGAUUGUUAAAUCUUGUACAAUUUACUUUCUAACCCUUUUUAAAAUUUGUUAUGGUCAUUUUCUAUUUUUCUUCUGCACUGGAGGUUUGCAAGACAAAUGCACAAUUCAAUGCUAUGGUGAAAAUGGUUCAUAAUAUUCACUUAGUUGUGGUAUUGAAGCAUGACCAAGUAAUCUAAUACCAGAAUGAAAAGGUAAUUAUCUGCUUCUGUUCAAUUUACCAUGUUUCUUACUCAAAGAUAAUUAUAGAAUUGCACUAUGUUAUUCCUUCUGACUUUAUAAUUGCAGCCUUGUGUGAGGGUGAAAUGCUGCAUGUUGCAGCAUAGAUUAUCUUUUACUUUAAUGAGCUUUACUUCUAGGAUACAGCUACAUUUGCCAUGCACCAUCUUUCAAUUGGAUUAGGGUUACCACAACAUCUUAAGCGAGAACCAAUGCAACUUUGUACUUUUAACUGUUUGUCUCUUAAAAUGCCUUUCUUUUGGCUUUAUUAUUGGCUAAAAUUGUGUUAAUUGUUCCCAAAUAGAAUGUUAAACAGUGUGGAAACAAACUAGUGGAUUACUGAUUACAGGUGGACAUAAAUACCAUAUACUGAUUUAUAACUACUUCCAAAUCUAUCAUUAAACUAAAAAAUGAAAGAAUUGUUGCACAACAAAGGCACGGGAACGGUUUAUUUGAGAAUGUAAAAUGUGAGGGAUGAUGGAGAUUUUAAAAUUCUAGAAAGUCUCAGCAUUUCAGGUUGCAUCUUUGGAAAGAGAUAAUAGAUCCUCGUAGGUGCUAAAUGUUCUAUUGAUUUCUCUUAUUUGUUUUUCUGCAUCUUCAGCUUAAUAUUUUUUUCCAUUUACUGGUGACGGUAGGGUCUCAUUGCUUUACCAUUUUUCUGUUAGUACUUGAACUCAUUGCAAGGCAAACAAACAGCUGUCACUUGAAAGAUUAUUAUAGACUUAAAUUCAGAAUAAUAUUUAUUUACUUGUAUUCCAUUGCUACUUCUACCUAAGGGUGCCUUGACGUCAUGUAUGUUAUUAACUCAUACUUAAAACAUUCUGAUUGCUCCUUGCCCUUUUUGACUCCCGAUCUAUCAAGUUUUGUACAAGCCUCAACCUAUUUGAGAACCUGCCUGUGAUCUGCUGGGUUACCCAUUCUCCUUGAUAAAAAAUGAAGGUGAUUGUUUAACAAAAAUGGGACCAUCCAAAUGUCUUGGUUUUCUGUAAUGUCCAGAAUAUGUGCAAGACUCCAUUUAUAUAUUUUGAAUUGAUUCUUGAAGAUUUGUAGAAGUGUCUCAACUUAAUGCAUACUGUGGUUGAAGUGUACAAUGUAAAGCGCAAACAUGUAUGACAUGCUGUAGUUACAUACAUGCACUUGUGUUUUUCCCAAGGUUUUGCACCACUUAAAAUUGCUGGAACUUUGAGACUGGAAAAAUGAUACAUUUUUGAUCAAAAUGAAACUACACGGGCAUUUGAGUAGUGCAUUAAAUUCCUAAUUUGGACCUAAAUGUAAAAUUUUGCACAACUUUCCAUUUCUGAAUUGAGAAUUUUUGCUAUUUUGCAUUCCAGAAAUGGAACCAGGUAUGAAAGGGCAGAAACUAAGUGAGAUUGAAUUUUAAAUCUGACUCUGGUUUUCUUUAAUCAAUGUAUAAAUAGCUAUUUAGUAUUGCUGUACUAUUAGGAAAGGUGCCAGUUAUCAAACACAAGGAAGGUCUAUCACACAGCUAUAGUGUGUAACUGAACAAAAACAUUUAAUUUAAGGAAUAUUUAGCUGAACACGGUCCAAGAUCUGAUUAUUUUCUCAUGUAAUAUUAUAGUUUUAAAAUGUUCAAUAUAAUAACCGCAAAUUAUUUUAUUGAGCUGAAAGCCUGGCCUUUAAUACCCUGGGUAAAAUUGCAUGUAACAAAUGUAACUCAAAUUAUCUUCAAAUUUCUGGCUGCAAGAUAAUUUCUCAGUACCUGUAUUGCUAAAGAGAAAACUGAAUGUCCUAACAUCUAAUACUGACAUUGUAUUCUGUAGCUGAAGGAAAAUCUGAGUUGUCCCUGAACAAAAUUAUGUAAAAUUGCCGUAGAAAAGGCACUACCUACACAAGUUGCCCUACCUUUUCUCUGUAGAUUUCAGAUCUUUUCAUUUGAAGGAUUAAUUAACUUCAUUUCCAAACUUGGAGGAAUAUGCUGAAGCUUGCACAAUGGCUUUUGACAAGGUGCAGAUUAAUUUUUUAGGCAUCUCCACUUAACUAUUUACUACUGAGUUAUUUUCAUAAUUAUGCUUGUGCCGUCUGUACAUGGAUUCUUAAAGUAUAUACAAAUAUAUACCUGUACUUGGGACCCUCUCUGUGUAACAAUAAAAAUCCAUAUAGGAUAUUUGUAAUAUACUGUGAAGCCAUCCCUUCUCUCUACAAUAUGAAGGGGGACUUUCACCUGGAAUCCACCACAUCGCUGUGGGCCAUGCAUGCAGUUUCAGAUGGUGUGCAAGUUCAGAGAUGAAUUGCACAAAUCACUAUUGGGGAUGGUGUAAAGACACAGGAUCUUUGAGAAAUGUGAUGGCCCAAUUGAAAAAUGAUUAUGAGUUUGAUCUGUGCUCAGAAAAGACUAUUAAAUUGUUUUCUUUACAAUUUCGCCAGUUUUCAAUGUAAUGAAUACUUAACGGUGAUCUAUCUUGAAGUUCCUGUGAAAUGUGCAUUUUCAGUGAGUGGAGAGAACUUUUCUCAGCAGCUUUAUCCACUUCAAAUUCAUCACUGAAGCCCAUCUGUCUUUUAAAUUAGUAACACAUUGAUUUGAAAAUCGCUUAUUGCUAUAACAGUGUAAAUGAGUACUUUGGAUUGUGGCUACUGAUUUAUGAAAUGUAAUUUACUUUCACAUAGCAGGAUUUUUGCUUUUCUUGCAUUUCUUUGUGGAGUACUUAUUGAGGCCAAAUGAUUCCCUGGUGUGUGAAUUUAUCAACUAAAUGUACAACAUGCAUUAGACAUUUUUGGAAAGGCAUUAAUUUGUCAUUGUUUGGCAAGAUGGGAAGAAAAUUUACCAAUAAAAUGUAAGCAUUUCAAAACCUAAGUUUGUCUAGACAUAAUUGUCAAGGUUUAGAAUAGUAUUGUUACUUGAACCCCAAUUAAAAUUAUGUAUGAGUUUGAUUAUCAGUUGAUCUUCUAUUAAAUCAUUUUCAUGUGAUUCAUUUAUUUGCAAAUCAUUAAGUGCAAAAAAUAGAUAAUUAUACUCUGAAGUUUGCAGUUGAAAGUUAAUUUGCUUUCUUCGGUUCAUUUCUCUUUUACAUAUAAUUUUCAGAAUGGGCAAAUUAAUGUAUUGGCACUUGCUGUUCUUCACAUUUUCAUCAUUUGAACGGUUUCUGGCUGAACAUUUGUGAAACAUUAAUCAGGAAUUUUAAGGGGAACUCCUCCUUCCACAUGGCCAUUUAAAGCACAUCAAAUAAAACUAUUCUGUUAAAUUUAUAAUGUCAGUUUCAUCUGCAUAUUUAAGACAAACUAAGUUUUUGCAGAAGAAUGGUGAACAGACCCUGGGCACUAAUUAUUUUUUGAGACAGCAUGAAAAUGGAAACUCCUGCUUAAACCUCUUACCCCCCCCCCCCCCUCCC